AGUAGAUAUUUAUUUUCUACAUACUUGGCUUGUUCUCAUUGGCUAAGAAUACGUACCGUCAAUUGCAUAGCAUGCCACCCAAAGUUAUUUGUGCGAUAAACUGAGGGUAAUCAUUAUUGCUUCGUAUUUUUAUCCGUAGUAUCGUAAAACAGUUUCAAAGGAAAAAUAAAGGGUCAAGCUCCAUUAAAAUCGAAAGAUAAGUAGCAUGUAAUUUUUUAUGGCAAAUCCUUACGACGCUUACAAAAUCUCGUAUAUGUCGUAACAAGUUUUAUCUGUGAUACGUAGAAUGCUAACAGUACAUACAAUUAUGUACGAAGGAAUAAUGAAUACCCUCAUUACGUACAUACGUAUAUAAUUACAAUGUGUUUUAGUAUUAACUAUGUCAAAAAAUGUGACACGUAAGAAUGUUAUGCAACAUGCAACCCAGUUCGUUGGUUCAUAAAAAGACAUGAAAUCCUAUACCAAUUUGAAUAUCAAAACCAAUUUUUUAAAAAUUUAUUUGAAUCUCAUGAGAUUUAUUAUUUACAUGCAAAAUGAUUUGUACAUAUGUACAAUUGUUCACAUUUCCAUGCUUUUCGAAUUAUCAUUUCACCUUGGACUUUAAUGUAAAAAAAUCAUAUAAAAACCUGUCAUUUUUUAGAAGAUUUAUCAUAAAUUCAAGUAUUUGAAUCAUGAAGCAGCUCAACCUACUAACACUAUCUCUUGUAUUUUUCUUGCAGCUUCACCUACUCCAGGAGACGCUUGCCUACCAAGACUACGGGCAACCUUGUCGCCCCUCAAAUUAUUACAACUUCAACCUCCAGCCCUGCAGGGACUGGCUUGGUCUCACCUGCACCUCUGGAACUUGUCAGUGCAGAUUGACGAACAGCAGUUUCGACACAACCCGUCAUUCUUGCGUCGCCUCGCUCGGGUCCGAAUGCGACGGCGCAACCGAAUGUGCAACCGGAUAUUGUAACAGAAGAAGAAGGUGCCAAUGCCACCCUGGCCAACGUCUCGCUUCCGAUGGACGGUCAUGUUUGAAAAGAUUUGGUGAAAUUUGCUCAAAUGAUUCCAACUGCGAUACUAUCUCCCGGCUAAGAUGCGUCUCCGGCGUCUGCGCAUGUCCGAACCAGACCGAAACCUAUUAUCAUCAUGACACAUCGCUGUGUCGAGUUCGUAUCGGGUCGGUGUGUCAGCAGGCUAAUGAUGGACUGCAGUGUCCAACUGAUGCAAACUGCGUUCCAAUUCCUAAUCCAGAAUUGCAAAAUUUUUCUUGGUGUCAGUGCAAUUCGACGUAUCCGACCCCAUCAGACAGUUUUUUCGGGUAUAAAUCUUCUAGUUCUCGUAACAGUUAUCCAACUUGUUUGAGAGUUCACACACACAAUGACUCAUGUCACGACGGAUUGAGCCCUAGUCGGAUCAGAAACGUGUGCAAUUCGACCUCCCUCUUGACAUGCGUGGCGGGGAGAUGUUCUUGCGACGUAGAUCGUGACCACAAAUGGGAUUCGGUCAACGAACGAUGUGCCGUGGAAAAGGGGCGAACCUGUUUCAUGAGAAGUAAUAAUAUUUUACCGGAAAGUAUAAAUAUAAAUGUUGCCGUCCCCACUGAUCGUGAAGUCCAUUGCAUGGCAGGACUUAAAUGUGUCAUCCUAACCAAUACGGAAUACUUGAGCAAAGGCAUUUGUACAGAUGAAUAGGUGGCUGGUUUUCUGAAUAAAAAUCAUGAACCAGUAAAUUAUUCGCUUUGUCCAUAUUUAAAUUCUUUGCUUUAUUUACAUAUUUCGAUACACCCAGUAUUUACAGAUAUAAGAUUAAUAUUUAUUUGUCCUCAAGGAAUGAAAUUUACGCUUUAAAACCAUGCAGCUUGUCUCAUUCAUUAUGAUUGAUCGUUGGUUAGAAGAGUCAUUAUACAUAUGUAUAUUUACAUCAGUAUUAUAGAUAUUAUGCAUGUCAGUAAACAUGAUUCUAUUCGAUUUGAUGAUUCGAUUUACAAUUUGGUCGACAUGUAGAAAUGCGAAUAUUGCAGAAUGAAAUAAGCAUUUGCUAAUUGCAAUGCAUGUAAAAUUUGUUAGUUCGUACAGCCAUGUUAAUUGUACAAAUGCCAUUAAAUUUAAUAAUAUAAUAAUAAUAGUAAUAGCCUUUAUUACCCUCAUUUACUAGUACUAGGGAAUGCACAAAAUGAAAUUUUAGCAUAGCACACUAGCCUAUUUUCGUGAGCUUACAAACAGAAAUAACUUACUUUAAAUGAUUAAAUAACAAUAACUAA